AUGUCGUACGCCAACGGUGAAAUUUACGGUAAUUCCGCGGAGGCUGGCUAUUUUGAACAAGCACACCAGCAGAGCUCUUGUCUUCAGCAGCAGAAUACCUAUUCUGGACAGCAAUCUAGUAAUGUCCAUGAAGCUCCCCCGCCCUACACUGGCACAAACUUGUGUCAAUGCGGCUCUAUACAUCCACCGGCCGCACCCAGGGUAACUCAACCUCCUACCUCCGCCCCACCGUACGAACCACAACAGCAGCGUGGUGAGAACGCCUCCUAUUAUGAUUAUGAUGGUCCAUGCCAACAAGCAAAAGCGCCUCAUGGUUUUGAGGGCUCAGAUGGUGAAAAGGGCCUUGGGUCUACUGUCGUAGGUAGUGCCGCUGGAGGAUAUGCAGCCCAUCAUAUGGGCGGCGGAAAGCUAGCCACUGCAGGAGGUGCCCUUCUGGGGGCUGUCGGCAUGAAUGUGGCAACCCACAAAUUUAAACAACACCAAUAUCAACAACAGCAACCUGCACAGCAACCUGUACAGCAAACUGUGAUUAUCCCAGCUCAAACGAAUGCAUUGGGCAAUGGUCUGGGCGGAGGCCUUGGUUUGGGUUCAGGCUUGGGUAUGGGUGGUGGCCUUGGACUUGGUCGGGUACAGCGCAGGCUCGCCCGUCGCGGAAUCGGCAUGUAUUAG